AUGUCUGUCAUCGGCAGUAUUGGCGAUAUGCCACGAGACUAUAUGAUCAUUGACAUUCCCGACGAUGAAAUCCAGCACCUCUCUCACGCCCAACUCAUCGCUUUAGUGCACGAGCAAAGUCAGAAAUUCCGAACGGCCAUGGAACGCGAAAGGUCGGCUCAUGACUCAGAGCUUGAGGCUCACAUGGAAGAAGAUCGCCUUCGUCGAUCCGAUGUUCGUCCCAGAAGCCAUAGUGAAGUGCCGGACGAACUUGACCGUGAUCGCCAUCGCGAACGUCGCCGCCCAAUCAACGUGUCGUGCAUCGAUAAAAUGGCGGGUGAUAUUUCUUACCGUGACUUUUUGACUUGGCGCAACAAGUGGGACGAUUUUUGUUAUCUUCAACGGAUUGCUGAAUAUCCGAUACGUGAACAAGCUGCUGCAUUGCGUAUGACUCUGUCCUUGGAAAUGCUGCAGACGGUCGAGAUGGUACUUGAUAUCUCUCCUUACGACCUCUUAUCGGCAGAUGAAAUUCUUGCACAGAUCGCACAUUACAUUCGGAAGAAACGCAGUGUAGCCUUAGAUCGCGUCGAGUUUGAAGAAUACCGUCAAGACCACGGCGCCACUUUCGACGAGUUUUAUAUUGGACUGCAACGCAUCGCCAAGUGUGCUGAUUUAUGCCAACAUUGCUUUGAUCAGCGUAUGACAACGCGUGUCAUGAGUGGCAUCUGUGACCAGGAGGUGCGUAAAAAACUGCUCGCUAUCACACCGUUCCCAUCGCUACAGACCGCAGUUGAUCUAUGCCGCAGUGAAGAAGCGGCCGGCAAAAACGAAUCUUUGUUGAGCCGUUCUGGUGCGACUUCAGUGAACGUGGUAAAACAGCCGGAGGAAAAGGGAAAUCGAUCCCGCACGCAUUUUCACCGCCGUGGAGAACACAGGGAUGGACUCAGGUGCGGAAAUUGUGGCCACCCCCCUCAUGAUUCUGGCAAAGAUUGCCCAGCUAAAGGUAGAGAAUGUCAUAAUUGCGGCAAGCCGGGUCAUUUUUCGACGGUUUGUGACAAGCAUAAAGCUAGGAGCGAGAAACAGGACUCAAGCGUCAAGAAACUCGCAAGCAUUCGCCUCGCACACGUCGCAGCUGCACGUCGUGCCCCAACCAUCCAGAUCGGUAUUCAUAAUCGGUCGGGUGGACACCUCUACACCGCCACCGCUAUUCCGGACAGCGGCGCGGAAGCAACGGUAGCCAGUAUGGCAAUUCUUCGAUUGAUGGGUGAAGACGUCAAUAAUCUGUUGCAGAACGGUGUCGAUAGCCUGACAGCGGCCAAUAAUUCGUCACUGGAAUGUGCCGGUCGUCUCGAACUGCAGUUACACUACAGAGGCCGAUCAGUUACUACAUCCAUCUUGUUCAGCCCCGAGCAUGACGGAAUGCUGCUUUCUUGGUUCGUGUGUGUAGAACUAGGCCUUCUUCCACCCUGCUAUCCGGAACCCAUCAUGAUAAAUACAAUUGUCACCGCCUCUCCACCUCCAAUCGACAUGUCAGAUAUCCCAGCUUUGGAACAAAAGCUCUUGUCUGACUUUGAAGAUGUCUUCGACGAGGAAGGCCCGUUGAAAACGAUGGCGGGCCCGCCAAUGUCAAUUGAAUUACUGCCGGACGCCGUUCCUUUUGCAGUAAGCGGUGCUAGACCAAUUCCAUAUGCCUUGCGUAAUAGGGCUAAGCAAAUGCUGGAUGACAUGGAAGCCAACCAAAUCAUUGCCCCGGUCACCGAACCAACGCUGUGGACUCAUCCAAUGGUAAUCGUCGAAGAGCCGAACGGAAAAUUGCGGUUCUGUGCUGACCUGACGAAACUCAACCAGUACGUGAAACGCCCUUAUUACCCGUUAGUUUCGCCAAAAGACGCUGUAUCAAGCAUCGCCAGCGGUGCAAAAGUUUUUAGCACGUUUGACGCCCGACAUGGAUAUUGGCAGAUUCCGCUGGAUGAAGAGAGCCAACUCCUGACCACCUUUAUCACCCCGUGGGGGCGAUACAAAUUCUUACGUGGACCGAUGGGCCUCUCAUCAACAGGCGACGAGUUCUGCCGUAGGAUGGCAGCGGCACUAGGUCAUUUGCCAAAUCUUCAUUGCGUCGUCGACGAUUUGUUAGCCGCCCAUGCUGAUCUACCGACUCACUACAAUGCUGUCCGGGAGAUUCUGACCGCAUGCCGAGAAAAUAAAAUCACCCUCGGCGCGGCCAAAUUCAAGUUCGCGGCCAACUCGGUACCUUUCGCCGGAUAUGUUGUAGGCAGUGACGGCAUUGCUGCUGACCCAGAAAAGCUAUCGGCGAUUGCUGAUUUUCCACGCCCGGUCAAUAUCACUCAGCUGCGAUCAUUUCUUGGUUUGGUCGGUCAGCUGGCCGACUUUUCCGAUGAAAUUUCAGCUGCCGCCGGUCCAUUGCGGCCGCUCCUACGCCAAGGCAAUCAAUUUGUGUGGUCAGCUGACCAAGAAAAAGCUUUUGAGACCGUCAAACGCGCUUUAAUAUCCCCUCCCGUCUUGGCGAACUUCGACCCAUCAGCUGAAACAGUUCUGCAGACGGACGCAUCAAGAAAAAAUGGCCUCGGAUACGUUUUGUUACAGCGCCAGGGCGACCAUUGGAAGCUCAUUCAGUGUGGUUCGAGAUUUGUUUCAGAUACCGAGAGCCGCUAUGCUAUGGUCGAACUGGAGCUGUUGGCGGUUGUUUGGGCUACAAAAAAGUGCCAUCUUUACCUGGUCGGCCUCCCGAAAUUUACCCUCGUCGUCGAUCAUCAGCCGUUAGUAACGAUCUUGGACCGUUAUACACUGGAUUGUGUCGAGAACCCCCGUCUGCAGCGUCUAAAGGAGAAGUUACAGCGCUACGUCUUCCAAACCGUUUGGCGCCGUGGUAAAGACCACGCCAUCCCUGACGCGCUUUCCCGCGCGCCCGUUGCUGACCCAAUGCCCGACGAUAUGUUAAUUCGAAGUCUUGACGACCAGGCACGCGUCACAAUUUUCAACAUCGUUGCAGCUAUCGAGUCAGAUGAAGACGUUGAACCAGCCUCACACUUGCCAGAUCCCCUGCUGGCCGAUCUACGUUCCGCAGCGUCGUCAGACGAUGAAUAUUGCGCCUUGAUAGCCGCAGUCCAGGACGUGUUCCCUUCGCGCCAAGAAGAGUGGCCGAUUUCAAUCCGCGGAUUCUGGAAGAUCCGCAACGAUCUGUGGACCGAUGACGGCCUAGUGUUAUACAACAGCCGUAUAGUGAUCCCCCCCUCCAAACGUGCCGAAACAUUACGCAAAUUACAUUCUGCGCAUCAGGGCAUAGAGCGCACAAAACGUCGUGCCCGUCAACUCGUCUAUUGGCCAGGCCUAACCAGCGACAUCACCAACAUGGUGAGAGCGUGUGAAACAUGCCAAAAGGCGUUACCAAGCCUCCAACGCGAACCUCUCAUGUCUGAUCCCAGCCCAACGCGCGUGUUUGAGGACGUCUCCGUCGACAUUUUUUGUCACGCCGGCAACCAUUAUUUGAUCUAUGCUGAUCGGUUAUCGGGUUGGCCGGCAGUGUUCGAAUUCGUGAAACGUGAUCUUUGUUCCCGCGACGUGAUUCGGUCGUGCAUGCGGUGCUUCGCUGAUUUCGGUGUUCCCGUCCGAGUACGUUCUGAUGGUGGCACCAACCUGACAUCGGCUGAAAUCCUAAAUUUUUUCAAGAACUGGGGCGUAAUUUCCGUCAAUUCGACACCCCAUUACCCUCAAUCUAAUGGCCAUGCAGAAGCGGCCGUCAAGGCUAUGAAGAAUCUGGUCCAAAAAGCAGCCCCAAACGGCCAUCUGGACACCGACGCCUUCCAACAGGGCCUAUUGGAGUGGCGCAACACCCCCCGUGAAGCUGGUCUAUCGCCGGCCGAAAUUGUCUUCGGCCAUCCCAUCCGAUCCAUUCUGCCGGCACAUCACACCGCUUUUGCCAACAAGUGGCGCGAGCUGAUGGACUUAUCGGACCGCCUGGACGAUCAAGCCGAACGUGUGAAAGCCGCAUACGACCAGCAUGCACGCCCAUUACGUCCGCUACGAGUUGGUGACUCUGUCCGUGUCCAAGACGCUGAUUCUAAGCGCUGGGACAAGCAAGGCAUCAUUGUGUCAGUCGGCGAAAGCCGCGACUACCGCGUCAAAAUGCAAAGUGGCCGGAUUUACUGGCGAAACAGAAAAUUCCUCCGCCUUGUUUACCCCCCGCUCGCCACCGAUGCCGACCCAGCUGCCCCGUCACCCGCAAUCGACACGAAUCCGGAGGAGCCCGGUCCACUGCCUCCGCCGGAUCAUUCGUCAAACCAGCGCCGCCGUCGGGUUAACUUUGAUCUCCCCCCUCGUCGCAGCAACCGUAACAGACACCCCAAAGUGCCUCACGAUGCUUAA